UGCGCAUGACAGUCAGUACGGCCUUGCAGACUGAUGAGUGCUGCCAACAAAGGCCGAGUCGAUGGGUUUACAAAAAAAUAGUUUAAUUUGGAAACUUUAGACCCUAUCAUUGUUGUAAUUAUAAUUUGAUAUAGGUUGUGAAUCUGUGAUUACGUUAAGAAAUGUGUGAAUGAUAUGAAUUGUGACGGCUAGCAAAGAAGUCAGCUGGUCCAUAGUGCGAAUAGUGAUUAAGAAAUGGCGGCCUUGCCUUCAGGUGUUCAGUAUGCGUUAUCAUCAGAGACAACGUACAAAAACAAUAAGGAACUCGUUUUUGUGAAACUUACGGAUUCAGCAUUGAAAGCGAUUGAAGAUUUUUUAAGGAAUAAUAGAGAUAGAUUAGCGAAACCUAAAAUACAGUUCCUACCUGGCAAUGAAGGGAAAAUUUCCAUCCCGGCGCCGAUCAGCAACAAUGGGGAAUCAACAUUUCAUUUUAGCAUUAGUAGUAAUGCAGAAAUGGAGGGUCCACAGGGUUCGUUCGAAUGCGUCCGGAAUGGUGGUCAACGGCGUCUCGAGGCGUGCGGGCCGCUCACGCGGCGCAUGCGAGUCCAGGCCAACGACGACUCGUACGAGGCGACCAAGGACCGCAUGUCGAGGACGAUAGCGGCGGAGCAGAGCAAAUGCACUCGCGUCAUCAAGCCGAAUCAGACGGACAUCGGGAGGAGGGUGAAAGUCCGAUCGGCGUACCCACACGCCCCGAACAUGGCCGAGAGGAUGGAGCGGGCGGAGCGGCCGGAGCGACCGGAACGGCCGGAGAGGCCGGAGAGACCCGAGCGACCCGAGAGGAUCGACCGGCCCGAUCGACCCGAGAAGUUGGACAGGGUCGAGCGGGUCGACCGGGUCGAACGACCCGCGCCCACGAGACCCCAACCCCCAGCACCACACCUGUCCCAGCAGCAACAGAACCAUCCGCAACCCAACCCCCAUCAGCCGCAGCGGCCUCCACCCAACCCAGACUUAAGCAGGCGACCUAUAAAAGAAAGACUUAUACAAUUAUUAGCACUGAAACCUUUCAAGAAGCCCGAACUGUACUCAAGACUCAGCGGCGAGGGACUGAAAGACAAGGAGCGAGCCAUGGUCAACAAGAUCCUGCCAGAGAUUGGCACGCUCAAAGACAACUGUUACCAUCUCCGUAGGCACGUUUGGAACGAUGUGAACGAGGACUGGGCCUUUUACACCGAGGAAGAGAAGAGAAUGCUCAAGAGGCGGAAACCUCAAAACCUUACUCCGCCGGUCAGCAGUGACAGCGCCAACUCCUUAUCGCCCCGCGCGUCCCCCGGCAAGAGGGCGUCGCCCGACGACGCGGGGCCCACGAGCAAGAAGCAGCGCAUAUCGCACUACCGCCGCCCCUCGCCGCCAUCGUCGGGCUACGCUACUACGUCGUCGGGCGAGCGCCACGCGUCGGACAACGAGGAUGAUCGCAACGACAAAGUUGGUGACGAGCAAACCGCACACCUGAUGUUGAGUAGCUACUGCCGCCCGCUGGCGUCUCUUCCCGCGGAGGAGGUUAAAGCGAAAAACCCCGUUCCCGAGCCCGCAGCUAAAAAAGACAAUGGAUACACUCUCACCUUCACAACGGUCAAAGAUCUCUGCCGCAGUCCAGUUAAGGCGAACGGUUUUAGUAGUAAUAGUCCCCCGGUAGAACAAAAUACAAUUCCAGUCAAAGAUAUUACAAAUACAGAACCAUUAGAAAAUACAGCGUUAACGUCUGUCCCCGAUGAGAAUAUGACUGAAUUAGAAGACUUUGAAAGGCAAUACCCGCCAAUAACAAGCAGCAGCACGCGGCGCGCUUACAAGAAUGAGUUCGCUCAGCUUUACACCGAAUACCAGGCGAAAUAUGCUCGUGUUGCCGAGGUUGCCCAGUUGUUCACGCGCCUCGAGCAGCAGCUCAAACGCGCGGAGCCCAAGUCGCCGCAGCAUCGGAGUAUAGAGCAGCGCAUAGUCGAGGAGUACCAGCGGACCCGCAACGACGCCGCGUACCAGCGCGAGAGGCGGCGCGUCAACUACCUGCACCGCAAGCUCAACCACAUCAAGCAGAUGGUGCACCAAUACGACCAGUUGUCUGGAACCCGGUUAAAGGAUUACAAAAAUAUGCCAUUACAGCGCAACCUGAAACCGGAGCGAGUGUCGGCGGCCAGCACGACGCAGGCGUACUGACACUCGCGAUGCGCGCCGCCCGCCCGCUGCCUCUAGUACCGGUAACACCCGCAACCGCAAUCGCACGGCGUACCAACCGCACGGCGUGUCAACCGCACGGCGUACCAACCGCACGGCGUACCAACCGCAUGGCGUGUCAACCGCACGGCGUCGCAACCGCACUGCGUAUCAACCGCAACCGCACGGACCAACGGUGUCGCCCGCACGCGUCUCCGGCGAGGCGCAAGCCAAAAUUGCAGUAUUGUAAAUGUGUGUAUUUAUAUGUAACGUGUAUCGACACUUUUGACACUCACACAUGCGAUGCAGUAGUGUGAGUGGCAAAAUGUACGAGUUCACUUUGUCGUUAAGAUGUUUUCGUUGAAAGAUUCCUAUUGAUGCUGCCUUAUCGGAACGCGAAAUUGUAGAUACGCGUGGCGCUAUAGUCGUUGUUGACAUGUUGUUAGUUAUCGCGGCGAAUACUUUAAGUUAAAAGUUCUUCCAUUAAUUU